GGCAGGUUUGUGAAGCAAUCUCUCUCUGUCAAUCGCCUCCCCUUCUCUCUCUCUCUCUCUCUCUCUCUCUCUCUCUCCACUUCCAAGUUCUUCGCUGAGCACACAACCAAAUCCAACCAUCAUGCCGUCGGAGAAACACGUUGCAGUCUGCAAUUUCCCAUUCAGCAGCCACCCCAGGACUGUCGCCAAAUUGGUCUGCAAGCUUGCUGAGACCGCCCCAACCGUCCGCUUCUCUUUCCUAAGCACGGCCAAAUCCAACGAUUCCAUCUUCCCUCCACUGUCAAGAGCCGCUCUAUUGCCGUCGAACCUCAGAGUCUACGAUGUUGGUGACGGGUUGCCGGCUGGCUAUGACAAGGUGACCGGCGACCGAGUAGAAGCCGAUCUGUUCAUCAGAGCAGCUCCUGUGAAUUUUCUAGCCGGUGUCGACAUUGCAGUGCGAGACGCGGGAAGCAAAGUAAGUCUCUUGCUGAGUGACGGUUUGGUAUCAUUGGUUGCAUGCGAAUUGGCGGAGAAAUUGCAUGUCCCGUGGGUCGCGUUCUGGACUGGGGCUCCGUACGCUCUAUCUAUGCUCAUCCACGCUGACCUCAUCGUCCAGCUGAGGCAAAACGCCACCGACGAAGAAAAGACCCUGGACAUGAUCCCAGGACUGUCCGUCGUUCGCUUGGUGGAUGUGCCUGCUAAUAUAUCGAAAGCCCAGGGCAUGUCAAAGUUUUCCCGCAUGUUCCUUGACCUGGGGAACGUGAUCCGAGGUGCGACGGCCGUCGUCAUGAACUCCUUUGUGGAGAUGUAUCCCGAGCCCCUCAUGGCCGACCUUAAGUCCAAGUUCAGCAUUUUGCUCUUCUUGGGCAUGAGGCCAAACCCACCCGCCUCAGACAAUACCGGCUGCUUGACCUGGCUAGACUUGCAAGGCCCGCAAACAGUGGUGUACAUAUCCUUCGGGUCCGGAGCCUUGACGAGCCCGACGCCCGACGAGAUAACGGCCCUCGCCGAAGCCCUAGAGUCCACUCGGACCCCGUUCCUGUGGUCUCUAAACGACCAGCUGAAGGCCACGUGCCUCCCCGGAGGGUUCGAGGAGCGGACGAGCUCGCAAGGGAGGAUUGUGCCGUGGGCCCCUCAGAGGGAGGUGCUCAGCCACCAGGCCUGCGGGGCCUUCGUGAUGCAAUGCGGUCACAGCUCGGUGUUCGAGAGCGUGGCGGGGGGCGUGCCGAUGAUAUGCCGGCCCAUGGGGGCGGACCAGAUGCUGACCGCGAGGGUGGUGGAGGAAGUGUGGGGGAUCGGAAUCGGAGUGGAGGGACGGGUCAUAACGAAGAGCGGGCUGGUCAAGGCACUGGAGAUGGUGCUGAGGAGUGAGGAAGGGAAGGAGAUGAGGAAGAAGGUGGGUGAGUUUAGGCAGAGACUCCUGGUGGCUGCUGGGCCAGAAGGGAGAGCUGAAGCUGAUUUCAAGGCUCUUGUGGAGCUCAUCUCUACCUUGUGAGGAAGCCAAGUGA